AUGAUGAGUGGAGUGAAUAAUGCCAAACCUGAAAAGUGUAUUAAGAAUAGAAAUAAUUUAUACAGAAUCAUCAUAAGUCAACUCUUUUAUGAUGGUUAUUCCACAAUUGCAAAUAGCCUAUCAGCCAAAGUAAACGCUAAUCCACCAUGUUGUCCAUCCGCUCGACUCAUGAGUCUAGUGACAAUAGGUUUACAACACGUAACCGAUAGACGAGAAGAAUCCMACCAAGAAAUAAAUUUAAAUCCAAUUCAGCAAUCGUUAAUUGGGGWGGGCAUUGACUUGGAAUUUGAGACAAAUGUUAUUUGUACUGCUCCUGAACCAUCGCUUUAUGAAACUGUUUAUGUAACAUUCCACAAUGGAGCCUGCAGGGCUGGUGCAUUUAGUCCUAAUGGACAGUUAAUCGCAACAGGAAGCUGUGAUUCAUCAAUAAAAAUUUUGGAUGUUGAAAGAAUGGUGACUAAAACAUAUGAUAUCGAUAGAACUGAUGAUCAAGAAAGACAGGRGCAUCCAUUUAUUCGGACUUUGUAUGAUCAUUUGGCAGAAGUGACCUGUUUGGAGUUUCACCCCAACAAGCCAAUUUUGGCUUCAGGCUCUCGAGAUUGUCUUGUUAAAUUUUUUGAUUAUUCUAAAACAACUGUGAACAAAGCUUUCAAGACAAUAAACGAUGUUGAACCGAUAACAUGUAUAAGUUUUCAUCCAUUUGGAGACCAUAUGGUAAUAGGGACCAAUAGCCCAGUCAUUAGGCUCUAUGAUAUAAAUACGGUUCAAUGUUAUGUUAGUUCAAUUCCUAGUCAUCAACAUACUGGUCCURUUACAUCAAUAAAGUUUGAACUUGGUUCCAAGUACUUUGUGUCAUCUAGUCGAGAUGGUUCAAUUAAAUUGUGGGAUGCUGUGUCUAAUAAAUGUGUUAACACAAUUGAAAAAGCACACGAUGGUAGUCAAGUGUGUUCUGUGACAUUUUCAAGAAAYGGAAAGUACAUCUUAUCGGCAGGCAAAGAUUCUAUAGUGAAACUUUGGGAGUUAUCUACUAGUAGAUGUCUGAUUGUAUAUACUGGAGCUGGAACAAUUGGAAAACAAGAACACCGUACACAAGCAUUGUUUAACCAUACUGAGGAGUAUGUAAUGUAUCCAGAUGAAGUCACUUCAACUUUGUGCACGUGGAAUUCACGGAAUGCCUAUCGGCAGCAACUUUUAUCACUAGGCCAUAAUGGACCUAUUCGUUCAAUAGUGCAUUCUCCAAAUUCAGCAGCGUUUUUGACUUGUUCGGACGACUUUAAAGCCCGUUUUUGGUACAAAGAACACUUGAACUACUACCGCAAGUUAAAAAAUUUGAAUUCUCAAUCGACUUCUUUCAGUAAAAUUCUUACUAAUCAAUUAACAUCAUAUGUUCAAAAUCAACAAGAUAUCGACAGCAUAAUAAAUACAUCAAAUGAACUCAUUACAUAUAACAUAGAUCAACAACCUACUUUGGAUAAUUUGAAACCAGUUCCAAAAUUGAAAUUAGCCACCUAUGGAGAAGUGCUAACAACUUUAGAAGUUUUAGAAAGGUUAGAAGAAGUACAAUCUAAAAAAUAUGAAAUGGCAGAACAACCAGAAACCAGAAAUGGCAACAACAAAAUACAUAUUAAAGAAGUUGAGUAUCAACAACCACAAUGGUCACUUGUCCUUCCAAGCACAUUUAUUUUAGUUGAUUUUGUAGGAGGCAUCCGUAAAAAGCAACAUUUUAAAUAUGUUUGUGUAGUUGAAAGUGUUGAUGACGAAAAUGAAGAAAUUAUAACAAAAGGAUUAUAA